CGGGAUCUCAUCUAUCACUUUUCCCGCUUCGCGACUUGGAGCCCAAAUCUUUAACACCCACUAUCGCAAGGUCUUGUUACCCCUUGAUGCCGACCCGCCUACCACUUCUCAUACUCCUAUAGUCCUCAAAUAGACUAUUCGCUCACUCUGCUUCUUAAUAAAUCUUACCUCGCGCGCGCGGUGCUCGAGGGUAGGUUCCUGGCAUCAUGGUGACAAGGAAGCGUGCUGCUGCAGAGAUGGAAACGGAUGAGGUGGUAACCGAGACUUCUAAAGAGGAGCCGGCAUUACUGGAUCGAAUCAGGAACAUGUGGCAAUUCGCAUCACUGUUUCAAUACAUAUUCAUCUUUGGGAAAGCCGUAAAGAUCGACGAAGACCUAGGUAUCGAGGACUUGGAGGCUGAGCUGCUCAAGCCUGUGCACUCUCCCAAACUAUCAGAAAUUGGUCUUGCGCUCCUCAAAUACGUCUCUUCACACAAAGGCCUCACAAUCGAGAUAUUUGACGAAUACACGAGACGACAAUACAUAGCUAAGGCACCUUCACGGAACCCCUUCGGCACCGAAGAAGAGCCCAAGAAAUUUGCGGAGUUUGAUGUCUUCACAAAGAUACGCGUCCUACACCAGCUUUCGACGUGGACACUUGGUAAUGCAGAUCGUAUCCGGGAGAAGAUUGAUGAAAAGAAUCAUACUGAAUGGCGUAUUGAACCUUUCGGUUGGGACGCCGAGCAGCUCACAUAUUUCGUGCUCGAUGACAAUCGUCUUUAUCGACAGACUCCCGCGCCCCUUCCACUACCUCCGAAGGCUAAAUCCAAGGCCAAAACCAAGAAACGCAAAUCACUCCGUGCAAGCAAACGUCGGAGGGUUGUUGAAACAGAAGAUGAGGAGACCAGUGACACCGAAUUGGUCGAUGAUAACACAACUGAAGAGCAAGAAAAGCCCACCGAGCCUGAUGAUGAUGGCUUCGGGGGUAUGAAAUGGGAAUGUCUUGCCGUCACACGAGAAGACUACAGCAGAUUCCUCGACAGCAUGCGUCGAACUCGUGACCCAGACCAAAAGGACUUGGUCAAGAGGAUCGAUGAUAAUGUACUACCAAUUCUUGACAAACAAGUCGAAGAGAUGGAAGUCAAGCGCCAGAAACAGUUACGAGAAUUGGAAGUUAUGCAGAAGUUGGCCCAAGCAAAAAGGUCCAGUAGAUUGGCCGGUAAGCAAGAGGCACGCAAAGAGCAGGAGGCUGCUGAGGAGGCAGAACGCAAGAAACAGGCAGACUUGGCCAUGGCCCAUAAGGAGCAAGAGAGGCAAUCAAGAAUGGAGCAGGAUCGACAAUCUCGGAUGAUGACGCGGGAGCAGCGCCUCAAGGACCGUGAGGUGAAGCGCAUAUUACACGAAGAAGAGCUCGCAAAACUUGAAGAGGAGAAAAAGAAAGUAGAAGCCAAUGAAGCCCGUGGAUCGGAGCGAUAUCUCAAGGCGGAAAUGCAGAGGAGGAAAGAGGAGCUCGAGAAGCUCACUCAAGAGGAGGACUGGGUCUUCGACUGCUCUAAAUGUGGUGUCUAUGGCGAGAAUUUGGACGACGGGACCCACAGUAUUGCGUGCGAAACCUGCAAUGUCUGGCAACACAGCGCAUGUCACAAUAUUCCCCAGUCGCAGGCAGAGAGCGAAGACUUUAAGUUUGAAUGCGGCGACUGCAAGAAGAAAUCCGCCAGUGCAGCACGACGGGCCAAAGAACCUCCUUUGAAAAUUCGCCUCAACACCAAUCCGUCAUCGCACACCAACGGAACGUCCACUGCGCCCGGCGUUUUCAAGGCAGUAGAGAUACCAGUGCCUGGCACCAACCAGCAAGCCCAUCAACAUCGCGAUCACGUCGGCUCUGUCAUGAACGGUCCAAGUCUGUCACCUCAAGGUCAAAGAGCUGGUCCACCAGGAGCAUACGCCCCGCCUGCUGAGCCAACUGGAGGAUUCAUGUUUCCGCCAGCGAAGUCAAUAUCUCCUCCAGUCCACUCGCAAUCAACACAAGUACCAUCCCAAGGACAAACGACUGCGCAUGCGCCAGCUUAUGCUAGGCUGAACAGAUCGCGGAAUUAUUGGUACGAUGGCCGCUACGAGUCGAACAAUGCGCAAAUGUCCCCUCCUCCACCAAAUAUGCCCAGCCAUCCUCAACAAAAUUCGCAGAAUCAGCAGUCGCAAAAUCAGCAAAGUCGACAUCAGAGUCAAGGCCCUGUCCCUUACGCCUCUCAGCACCAAUACUCACCACAGUACUCGCCACAGUAUAAUCAAACCUAUCAACCUCCACCUCCUGUGCCCUAUCCCACGGUACCACCGAAACCGAAAGCCCCAUCAUCGAGUCCGCAACCAAACGUAUAUCUUCAACUCGAAUACCCUAACCACUCCAACCGCCGAUCAUCGCUCCCUGGCAGUAACAACAGCUCCACAAGCCGAGUUCUCCAUCAUGACCCCUUCAGAAACGACUUCGCCCGCGUCACGAAGAACUCCACAUCCGCAUCCCCAACAACACCAAAUGGUGCUGCCGUAACUCCACCAGCAGCCCCAGACAGCACAGCCCGCCCUUCAUCUCAAAAUGGCCCCCCUUCUCCUACAAAAAGCGCGAUCGCGACACCACGUCCACACUCCCAAACAAACAGCCAUAGCCCUGCUGUCCCCCUGAUGACGCCCCUGCAACAGUCUUCACAGCCACAACCGACCGCCUCGCCGCACCCCAUGCUCCCCGAUCCAGCAACCGGUAUUUCACCCGAGAAACACGAUGUUGCGCGGCCGCUGUCCAGCCAGGGCACCGAGCUGCUGCCUGGCCCGACCCUGAGUCCGACAGCUAGUCAGAGCAUCCUUACGCCACCGGUCAAAAACCCAACGCCUGUGAGGCCGGUUGCGGCGCCGGAGGAUAUGACGAGUCUCAACGGAACGGAUGUUGGACAGAGUAGCUUCGAUACUAACGGAGUUGUGUAGGAUGGGUUUCUCCGCAUCUAUUGGGUACGGUCGGGCCUUGGAACUAGAUAGUGGGUCGUCUUUUUUGGUCAGAGGGUUUGGUGUCUUUUCUUUUUAUCCUAGAGCUUA